CGAAAAUGUACACAUCAUCAGAGUCCACACCUUUGCUCUCUGCCUCUAGUAACUCACGACCCAGGCAACGCUUCAACGCACACACCACCAGGCCCAGAGGAACGCCAGCUUCGCUCGGUUUUUUUCCCGCUUCCACUUCGCAAGCUCUUCAUCAAGGCACCGCCGCUUCCCUCUCGGCUUCAGAAAAAAAGCACCCUCUGAUCAACAGAAGGAGCAACAUGGCCUGCUGCUUCCAAUGCGUCCCCAACGCGGAGAUCGGCGUGAUCGAAAGGCUCGGAAAGUAUCAGGGCCUUGCCCAGCCGGGGUUUACCUGCAUCUUGUGGCCGCUCGACAGCAUCGUGGCCAAGCUUUCCACGCGUGUGCAGCAGCUUGACGUCCGCAUGGAGACCAAGACCAAGGACAACGUGUUCGUAACGGCGGUCGUGUCCGUUCAGUACCAGCCCAUCAAGUCAAAGAUUUACGACGCGUUCUACAGGCUCACCGACCCGCAGGCGCAGAUCCGUUCCUACGUGUACGACGUGGUCAGAAGUACCCUGCCUAAGUUGGACCUUGAUCAGGCGUUCGACUCGAAAGAGGACAUCGCCAUCGCGGUGAAGAACCAGCUUGAGGAGGUGAUGCAGGAGUAUGGUUACCAGAUCCUGCAGGCCCUGGUGACCGACAUGGACCCGGAUGCCCGCGUGAAGGGGGCCAUGAACGAGAUCAACGCCUCCAAGCGGCUGAGAGAGGCGGCCACCAACAAGGCCGAGGCCGACAAGAUCAUGCAGGUUAAGGCGGCUGAGGCAGAGGCAGAGUCCAAGUACCUGUCCGGCGUGGGUGUGUCCAGGCAGCGCAAGGCCAUCGUCGACGGCCUCCGCGACUCCGUGCAGACCUUCUCCGAAACCAUCGACGGGACUUCGCCGAAGGACGUGAUGGACCUGCUCCUGCUGACCCAGUACUUCGACAUGCUCCGCGACGUGGGCCAGUCCUCUCGCGCGGCGACGGUGUUCCUGCCGCACGCGCCGCAGUCCGUGGCCUCCUUGCAGGGCGCCAUGCGCGACGGCUUCAUGCAGGGGCAAGCCGGCAGCGAGGGUCUCGCUUCUGCGCAGAUGAUGAACCGCUAAGAUUGAAACGCCCUGUUUCUUUCUUUUUUCCCCACACAAUUAAGUGUAGACACCCCCCCCCUUGGUUUCGGUGGUACUGUAGGAGGAACGUAGUCGUUGGGGCGUUGGCGGCAGCGGGUGCGGUGCUUUUGACUUUCGGCUCCUCUUUUUUCAACCAUGAAGAAAUCACGAAGUAGUAGGAUGUUUUGCGACUCGUUGUCGUUGGUUUUGGCCCUUUUUUUUCAACCAAGAAAAAACGUGUAGCAUGUUUUGGGGCUCAGUUGUCGUUGGUUUGCCCAUGUGGGAGUUUGGCUUUCAACAUGACAACCGUUCGUUCGCUCUUCUUGUUGAAAUUGCGCCGCUUUUGGAAGAGACACACAAAUGAAUACCUUUUAAGAUCGUUUUGCCUUUACUUUUGUGCUUCGUGAUAGUUUGUUAUGUUCUGUGUGGAUGGA